AUCAACAACAUAUAUUUCUUGACAUAGCUUGCUUCCAUACAGGAGGAUUUGUGAAAUUUGUAGAAUAAACAUUGGAAUGUUGUGGUUUCUUUACUCACAUUGAAAUGAAAGUUCUUGAAGAUAGGUGCCUUAUAUUUAUUUCGAAAGGUAGAGUUUGGAUGCAUGAUCUAAUACAAGAAACGGGCAUGAAAUUGUUCGACUUGAAAAUACAAAUCCUGAAAACGUAGUCGAUUAUGGAAGUCUGACGAAAUUUAUGGUGUUUUCAAAAAGGACAAGGUAUGUUCUUUAGUCCUCAAAUCUCACUUGAUACCUCUUCAAUCUCAUGAAUUUAGUUUCCCACAUGUGGCAAAAAUGCUUUAACAAUUAUUACAAUUCAUGGAAUCACUUUUUUCCUAUUUAUUUAUCUUUUUUUUAUCUAGUCCUAUUUAUUUAUCUUUGGUAAUUCAUUAUGUUUGAUUUUAGGGAAAUGGAACAGAUACAAUCCAGCGUAUAUUUCUAAACACGAUGAUAAUUAAGAAAGUUCAACUGCAUGCCAAAACUUUUAAGGAAAUGUAUAAUCUUAGAAUAAUUGAAUUCAUGGAUCUGGAUUUUCUUAGUGUCGACAGAAAUGUGACCUUUCGUGCAUAUCUUGAUAGUCUUCCGAAUUCUUUAAGAAUUCUUCAUUGGAUGGCCUUCCCUCAAAGAUCUUUGCCACAAGACUUUUGUCCAGAAAAUCUUGUCACUCUUGAAAUGUGUUACAGCCAUCUUGAACAACUUUGGGAAGAGGAUCAGGUUUUAUCAAAUUUGAAAAGGCUUAACCUUAGCCGUUCUCGGAAGCUAAAACGACUACCAGACCUCUCUUUGUGUCCAAAUAUUGAAGAAAUAAUUCUUAGUGAUUGUGAAAGUUUGGUAGAAGUUUACUCCUUUAACUUCCUCGACAAGCUUAACUGGUUAUGUUUAGAUGGUUGUAAGAAACUUGAGAGGCUAGAUAUUCAUAGCAAUAUUCUAUCGAGAUCAUCUGGAUUAGUUGCUCUUCAUGGUUGUCACAACCUUAAAACGCUUUUAAUCAACAAUAGAACUAAUGUGGUUCAAUUAUAUGGUGGGCCUCCUUUUAAUCUAGUCAUAUCAGUAUGUGUUUUUUAUGAUCAAAUAUUAUUAUUCCAUGGUUGUUUAAAGUGGAAGGAGUUACCUGAAAUCAAGGACACUGCAGAAAAUCUAGAAGUGGUCAUCUUAGACGAAACUGCAAUAAAAGAACAACCUUCAUCCUUACACUGUUUGGUUGGGCUUGAAGAAUUGAGCUUGCAAAGAUGCACAAAACUUAAGACUAUUCCAUCUUCCAUUGGAAAUCUCAGAAAACUCCUCAAGUUAAACCUUGCCUAUUGUGUAUCACUUGAGACUUUUCCAAGCACCAUUUUCAAAUUGAAUUUGACAGAACUCGAUUUUCAGGGUUGCUCAAUGCUUAAAACCUUUCCAGAGAUCUUGGAACCUGUAGAAAGCUUUACUCACAUUAACUUAACAAAAACGGCAAUAAAAGAACUACCUUCAUCCUUGCAUCUUUUGGUCGGGCUUGAAGAAUUGAGUUUGCAAAGUUGCACAAAACUUAAGACUAUUCCAUCUCCCAGUGGAAAUCUCAGUAAACUUCUCAAGUUAAACCUUGCUGAUUGUGUAUCACUUGAAACUUUCCCAAGCAGCAUUUUCAAAUUAAAGUUGACAAAGCUCGAUUUUGAGGAUUUGCCUUCAUCAAUUGAGUAUUUAGUUGGGCUUCAAACAUUGAACCUAAAACUUUGCAGUAACCUAGUCUCACUUCCAAACAACAUUGGUUGCUUGUCAUCCUUGACAGAACUUUCACUCGAAGGAAGUAGUAUUGUGAACCUUCCCAAGAGUAUCGCUCAUCUCUCAAGUUUGAAAUCACUUAAUUUAAGUGAUUGCAAACGGCUUGAAUGUGUUCCAAAGCUUCCACCAAAUCUAAACCAAGUUUUGGCAUUUGAUUGCCCUUCCAUUCAGAUAAUGGUGCUAAAUUCGUGGUCUGAUUUCGAAGAAGGUACCUUCAAAUUUCAUCUCACCAAUAGUCAAAAACUAGAUGCCACUUCCUUGAGUAUUAUUGAAGAGGAAGCAUGUACUAAGAUCAAUGAUCAUUUAUAUUUGGCUGAAUAG